CACCGGCCUCUUUCUUCUCCUUCGUGUCCCGUACAGCAUAUUUCCACCUCCGUGAGUUGUCAAUUGAUAACUAUUGUCCGAGACUGCACAUACCACUUCCGCGCCUGUCGGUCGGGUUUCGUGGUCUUUUCCCCCACCUGCUGGGCCCUGCUUCCUCUCCGUUGCAAUUCGAUCUGCUCCUCUCUCUCUUCCCCCUCCACCACACCGUUCUCCCUCGCGCCCGCCAUGUUGUCUCUCCUCUGGACCGUCUUCUUCAUCCAUGUUGCGAUCUACCUGGUGAAUACCAUCGGGGCGAGCACCAUCGAUAACUUGCUAUGGAUCCUCUACCUCAAGGCCCCGACCCCGACGUCGAAGAAAGCCCGCGAACAAAACCGACUGAAGCGCGAGGCCCUCGCGCUGAAGCGGGACAUGAACAACACCAGCUCCCAGGACCAGUUUGCGAAAUGGGCGAAACUCCGCCGACGCCAUGAUAAAACCAUGGAGGAGUAUGAGGCUAUCAACAAACAGCUCAGUUCCCAGAAAACCUCCUUCGACUGGAGCGUCAAAACCGCCCGCUGGCUCAGCACAACCGGUCUCAAGCUCUUCCUUCAGUUCUGGUACUCGAAAACACCCGUCUUCAUGCUGCCGGAGGGCUGGGUUCCUUACUACGUGGCGUGGAUUCUGUCGUUCCCCCGCGCUCCGCUCGGGUCGGUGAGCAUCCAGGUCUGGAGCAACGUGUGCGCGACGACGAUUACGACCAUCGCGGAGGUGGUGACGGCCGUCUUUGUGCGCAAGGCAGCUGCAGAGCCUGUUUCUGUUCCUGCUGGUGCUGGGGCUAAGAAGACACAAUGA